UUAGUGAACUGUGUAGUUCAUGAAACUCUGACUCACAUUUUAAAUUGUAAAAACUGGAUCAUUGGGGGAACUUAAGAUUAAAUCUCACUUAAGUCCAUUAAUGACAUCAAUGCAAUUAUCAAGAUUAUUUGUUCAAAUAUUUUAAUUAAGACAAUUGGCUGAGUUUCUCAUGUUAUUGAACAACUUUAAACUUCUGCUAUAAAAGUUUUCAAUUCUAAAUGGCUUUCCGUUACAUUUUCGUUAUCAGUGCUCUGAUUGUCCUGGCCCAAGGAUCUUACUUGUCUUCGGUUAACCAGGAAUCUGUGGUCGGAGUCCAUCACUCUGGAGUAGUUUCAGCUGGAGCUCCUGUCGCCGGAAUUCCCCGAGGCCACUCAGCUGGUCCCCAGCCCCAACGUCCUGGUCAUGGAGGUCCAGUUGGAGGAUCCCGUCGUUUGAGCGGAGCUGGAGGAGCUGGAGGUCGUCCUCACGGAGGUGCUCUUCGUCGUCCUUCUGCUGGAGCUCAUGGUCGCCCAAUUGGAGGUGCAGCUGGCCAUGGAAAUGCCCACCAGAACCGCAACCGCAGCCAGAAGCCCCACUAA